AUGGGAGUGAGCUGUGAUUCGUGCCUUAAGGGCAACUUCAGGGGUAAACGAUAUAAAUGUCUCAUAUGUUUCGACUACGACCUCUGCGCCGCCUGUUUCGAGUCGGGGGUCACAUCCACCAGACAUACGACCGAUCAUCCCAUGCAAUGCAUACUUACCAGAAGUGAUUUCGACAUAUACUAUGGCGGAGAAGCGGUGUCUGUGGAACAGCCACAGGCCUACACCUGUCCCUUCUGUUCACGAAUGGGAUUCACUGAAGCGACUCUUCAGGAACACGUGACUUCAGAACACGCCGACUCAUCCACUGAAGUGGUGUGUCCCGUGUGUGCAGCCCUUCCCGGCGGUGAAGCAAAUCACGUGACCGACGAUUUCGCAACACAUCUGACACUAGAACACAGGAGUCCUCGGGAAUUGAUAUCCUUUUCACCCGAUAUUAGUAGAGAUAAUGAUAUAAAUAGCAAUAAUUUGACUGAUUUUUCCUUAACUCGUAUUUGUGUCGAUGCUUACGAAGAGCCGCAGACGGCUAUUAGGGGUCGAAGAGCACCGCAUCCGACACGAGGACUCAAUAGUGUCAGAGCGCGUCGAUCGCAGAUGCAGUUCAGUUCAAACUCUGGUUUGUCGUCAUUGUCUCCGAACAAUAGGGAUUCAAUGGAUCCGAUCGCCGAACUGCUGUCCCAGUUGUCUGGUGUGCGUCGAGCGGCCAAUUUGGGCCAAUCGCACGCAACGCCUCAAUUACAACAGUUGCAAAUGCAGUUACAGUUAGACAGGAGUUCCUCCACGCCUUUGAGACAACCCUUCGAUAGGGCGCCCAUCGAGCGAGUGAUUCGUCGCCAUCAGCAGCAGUCAUCUCAACAACAACUGCAGUCAAACUCUUCUCACUCGACGGUUAAUGGAACUCAACAGCAAUUGCCUUAUGUUGUGCUAAUGGAGCCCAAUCCUAGUCCCGCCACCUUAGCCGCGGCCGCCGCUGCUGUCACUCAGACUACUAAUAGUACCGGUAAUCAAAAUACGACGACUAGUAUAGCCUCUGCGCCUAAAAGCGCCAACUCUUCACAGUUUCUACUUUCGAGGUGUAAUGAAGUGGUCUUCUCUGACGCGGAACAGCAACACAUUGAAGUGCAAAGAGUAGACCGAAGUCUCUUCGUUCAGGAGCUCUUACUUACGACACUAACCGAGUCUCUAAACUUAGAAGAGAGACAUUCAAACUCUAGUUCUGAUGUACAGUCUUAUGAACAGUAUGUGAACCACACAUACCAGUGCUCUAACGAAGAGAACAGCGACGAAAAGCUAGUGUUUGGCGCAGAGAAUGAGAAUCAUUCAAAUGCCAACUACAAUGAAAACGAAAACGAUAGGCCGACGGCUUUACCCCUGUAUAACAGCGCCAAACAACACACAAACCCUAACCAACCCUUUCAACCACAGCAACACUUACAACAACCUCUUCUGCACCGAAGACAGCAAAACAAGUCGAGGCAGACGUCAGGCUCUCGAGUCAACAGUACGGCCGGCGCUGUUGCCAACAGUAACUCCACUAGAAAUGUGAACAGAACUGGUGGCACAUCUCCUAACGCCUCCACUCGUAGGAAAAUAUUGAGAGGACAGCCAUCAGAACCGCCGCCACAUUAGCCGACAAUUAGGCUCUGUCUGCGCUCAACAGAAAUCAUAAGUUUUGGUCAAAUAUUAUUAUUAUAUUCUAAUAAAUUCUAUUAAAAAGCAAACUCUGCGCCCGUUUUGUAUAUAAUUAAUAAAUAAUAACUGUAUUAAUCGGUGAUUCGAUACAUAUUUCAGAAAUAUUGCUGUUAUUAAAGAGACGGAAAGGCUUUCUAUUUAUCAAAACCAGGGUUUUAUUCUCGUCGUCUUAACUAUAAAUGUAUUGUAAUAUAAAACCAAAAUAUUUGAAAAAUAAUACAAUUAAUGCCGAAAUACAUUUUGGUUGUUAUUAACUCAUUACUGAAUUGAAUUAACUCUUAAAACAAAUACCGCACCCAAAGCCUAAACCAAUUGAUUGAAUGAAUUUAAGGAUCAAUACUUUGACUUCAAACUAAAUUAUCGCUCAAACCAUUUGAUUAACACAUCAUUCAAACGAAUAAUUGAGAGAAAACCCAAUAAUUUUAGACUUAAUAUCAAAGGAUUGAAAUUAUUUUAUUUAUUAUUUUCAAAAUACG